GAGAAACAUGAGGAUCAAAAUCAUGGAGGCUAACACAUAUGUACCAGCACCCCUUAUCUCCCCCACUUCCAUUUCUUUCAUUUUCCCCUUUUAACACUCACAAAAUUCAACUGUCAUGAAAAGAUGAUUUCCCUAAAGACCCUUCACCCUUCUUUCCUUCCCACCAACACCACAUAUUCUCACCUCCACACAAGAAACUAUACUCUGUGCCUCUGCAAUUCCAAUGAGUCUGAUUCCCAGCCUCCCGAACCUAAAGGAGAUGUUCAAAGCCAAGAGCUGCUAGCCCAAAUUGCCAUGCUCCAAACUCAGAAAGUUCGUCUCACUGAUUAUCUUGAUGAGAGGUCUGAAUACCUAACCCAAUUUGGUGAAGAAGCUAAGGCUGAGUUUGACAAGGUUGGAGAAGAUGCCCUCAAAGGGUUAGAUGAAGCUAGUGACAGGAUUACGGCUAACAUAGAGAGCCAGAUGCUGGCAUUUGAGGAAUCUACUGAACUUAACAAACAAGAGAUUCAGGAGAGCGAAAGCAAAAUUACAGAGUUUGAAGGUCAAAUGGAGAAGGAUCGAAAUGAAGGGUUAUUCUUUAAGAACCUGGGGCAGCAACCACCUGUUGAUCAAGCAAAAGCCAAGGAGGAGGUGGAAAAGAUCAAAGAUGUAGCCAGAGAAAAAGAUGGGGGCAAAACCAGGAAAAAUAUUUACCUCUUCUUCAUGGGCCUUCUGGCCUAUGGAAUAGUGGGUUCUAUUGCCUCAUCCUCAGGUACUGAUUGGAGAAAAGUUUCACUUCUUGGAGCUGUUCUUGUGGCUUUAUUUUAUCAGUUCAUCAAUGAACAAAACAAGGACAAGAAGAAAGAAGAUUAGUGAAGAUAGAAAGAGCUCUAGUUCAUCUUUUAUUUUGAUCAAAAGGCAUUUGUAAAUGGGUAUUGCACUAUUGCUUGAUUGAAUAUAUAGCCCCAAGCCUCUGAGUAAGAGCUUACAACCUGUACUUGAGUUGAUAUAUCAAGGCUCAAGAUGCUUUUGUUGAGCAUCAACUACAGCUGAUAUCACUACAGGCUCAAGAAUAUGGGUAAGGAAGUUAAUUACCAUGUGUCAUGUGAUGAUGAUGUUGAAAUGCAGCAUUUUUGAAUCUUAUGUUGAUACAGAAAAAAAAUGUAGCUUGUUCUGUUAUCAUCAUAAUUCAUAGCUAUUACAGAUGUGUAAACAUGGCAAAGCCUGCUAGGUGACCACCCUCUCCUAGGUCAAAUAUUGUUGAACAAAUGAACUAUGAACUAAUAUUUAUCUCAAUUAUCAGUAUAGAUCUUGAAGCAUUGAUUUCAACCCUGUAA